AAUGGAUGGACAGUUUCAUCCUGUGUUUCUAGGAGCAAAGAUUAUAUAAAUUGUAGUGACUAAAUUCCUUUUUUCUAAAAUCAUUAAGUAAUAUGUUUAUCAAAAGUGCGUUAUUUUGUAUUACACAUUUUUUAUUAAUUAAUGUUAUGCUUUGUUCUGGCGAAGAAACUUGUGAAACUGUUCCAACUGAAAUACAUGUAACAAAAGAGGAAUACGACGAUAUGGGUCGACUAUUGAGGUCAUGCAGUGGCGAGGUGAAUGUGAAUAAAUGUGAAGGAAUGUGCAGUAGCCAAGUUCAACCUUCGGUAGUAACAGCUACAGGAUUUUUAAAGGAAUGCUACUGCUGCAGAGAAAACUACUUACGUGAGCGAUUAGUGACUCUGUCUCACUGCUAUGAUCCCGAUGGUCUUAGACUUGACGACGAAGAUAAUGCUAUAAUGGAGGUCAAACUACGGGAACCAGAUAACUGCAAAUGUCAUAAAUGUGGAGAAUUCAGCCGAUAAUGAUUUUGGAAUUUGUAACUACAUUGACAUUCUUACCCCUAAUAUAAGACUGUCAGAGACUUCAGAGAUCGAAUACUAUGAAAACGUCACGUUAUGUACGAUACGUUAUGUAUGUAUAUGUAUAUAACAUGGAUUUAGUAGUACUUCGUUGGAGUACCCACUAAUUUCAUGGUAUAGGUACAAUCAGUUUUAUAUGUAAUUUUUUUUGGUCAAGGUAAAAACUAUAAUUUUAUGAAAAUAAUAUUAAAAUGUAAUUUUAUCGAAACAAAUAAAGUUAGCAAAUAACA